AUGUCGAGCACAUGUGGUAUUGGGAAGAGACGUGGAGAACAUGUACAAAUGGACCGGAGAAAGAAGAGGAGAACAGACAAGAAGAAAGAGUAUGCUGGUGAGAGACAGCAAGAAACAUGCGGCGCAGCGUUGCAGCCGCUGAAAAUGAUAUUCCAAAAUGCGUUGAAUCGAGUCCUCAUUGCCCCAGAUCAUCGCGAAAACUUGAAUAAUGCUUUCACAGCGCUAGAAGAAAUGUACAAUGACAAGCAAGCGCAGCUACAAGAGCUCAAGAAGGACAAGGCAGCGCAGCUGGAGAUAUCUCAGGGUUUGCUUCAGGAUACACGCCGUUCCUUAGCUGAGGCGAGGGAGAAAUGCCUUCAGACAGAAUCCAGCCGACAUGCAGUGCUCAACAACAGAGCCUUGAUCGAGAUCGGCUUGCUUCGCAAAUUUCCUGGCAUGACUACAACGCAAGCGCUCGAUCAUUUCAUCGCUAAACAUCUGCUGCAAAAUCCAAAGCAACGCAAAUCGCGUAAGCUUCGACCAGAUUGCGUGAGCGUGUGCAAUCAGCUUGCAAACCAGUACAACCUGGCCUGCAGCCACGCAUCAGUAGCAAACGAGCUUUCAGGCCUGAUGCAUGAGAUCUCCAAGCCUUUGCAUUCUCGCGUGAAAGCACCAGCCGGCUACUUCGUCGGAGGGCCAUCGCCGCUCGCCCAGGCGAUCGCAUGCGUGCUCUUGAAGUUGCAGGGCCUCGGGUCCAUUGCAAGAGACAUGGAUGUUUUCCUCAUCGACGACGGGGGAAAGAUCGUAUGUCGAUUAGCCAACGGCAAGAUCCAACCAGCCUCGCCCUCGAAGCCUGGCAGCUGA